AUGAAUUUCUAUCAUUUGUUCUUCAUUUUGGUCUCUUUGAUUAUCACGGUCAACUGUGUUUCGCGUAAACCUGACGAAGGUCCUUCGAAUCGGUAUACUUCAAGAUUAUCCAGCCCUCCCGCUUCUCCUCCUCGUUCAAGAAGCGCUUCUCCUGAUCGUGAUAGAAGUCGCUCUCCUCGUUCAAGAGAACGUAGUCCGCGAUAUUCGGAUUAUUCCGCAACUGAUUCGAACGAUAGCUUCACCGGAAAAGAACUUGCUCCGGGCACAGAACAAUACCACAAAAAAAUGCAUCAUCUGUAUAAUCGUAAAGCAAGUUUUCACAAUGAAAUCUUCAAGGGAUCAAUCAGACGUGAACCAAAUUUUGCUAUGGAACAUGACGAAGAAAUGAAUUCCGCCGAUAGAAGACAUCGACUUCAUGGAAGAAUCAAAAAGCGCAUUGCAUCGGGAAAACUUAAACCUGGAAUUCGAACAGCAACACCCGAUCCAUUUCCAAAAGAACCAAAUUCACGUAGAGUGGAUAAUUUGAGAAAAAGUAGACAAAUUAUUUGGCGUCAAAAGAAAGGAUUUAAAAGACUUUUACCUGAACGAUUACCUGAAGGACAAAGACGUAAAAGAAGAGUGGGAGAGCCAACGAAUCCGUCCUCUCCAUCUUCUUCUGAUGGUGAGUCUAGUUCAUCUGCUCCACCAACUCCUCCUUCUUCCGAUUCCGAUCCUGGCACUUUCACUAGGUUCCCUUCUCCCGGUAAUUCUGAUGGAAGUCCAAAAGGUGCCGAAAGUCCUGGGUCGCCCGUUUCAGGUCCAAGCAUUUCAAGUCUAUCUCAUUCACACUAUACUCCGAGUGGGUCAGAUGACUCACGUAGAAGUAGAUCAAAAUCAAUGUCAAACGCAUCAAGUGCAAGCCCAUCCGAUCUUUCAGCAACUGAAUCAGAGAAUAGCAGUCCAGGUCGCACCAUUGCACCGGGAAAUGCUCAAUACCACGAAAAGAUGCACCCCUACUAUGAUAAAAAGUCGGCAUUUCAUAAGACAACUCAUGAUUACUAUAAGGCCGACGGAAAAGAGCGUCGCCUUACAGACUUACAUAAUGAUGAAGCUACUUCUUCAUACAAAAAAGCAAGAAAGCAUGAAGUGUGGGAAGGCAAAGUGAAAUCUGGCGAAAUGCAGCCCGGCAGAAAGACUGCGAAAGAUGUACCAAGCGUUGAAAUUUCUCCGCCAUGCUGUCAAUCGAGCGCACAUUUCAUGAGAAAGAACAAAAAUUAUGAAUGGCCUUAUAAGAAAAACUCUCGUCGUUUAUUACCUGUCAAAGUUUCAAAAAAACGAUCAAAACGUCUUGGUGAAUCAAGUGCUUCGGGAGGAACAUCCGACUACGGAACUGAAUCUUCCUCUGGCGCUUCUCCAUCCCCCAGCCCUUCAAAGCGUCAAAAGAAACAAUAG